AUGUCUCAAUCACUUCUGGUAUCUAUAAGCACAACCUGGUCUCCCCAUACCGCUCACGUCCUUCUUUCCCAUCUGUCGCCAGCUCAAAUGUUUAGGCGAGAUAAACCGGCUCCAGAAGUCGGCAAAACCGAACCCAAAACAGCCCCGCCCAGUGGUGAACGUUGUGGCGACUCCGAAGUCGAAUCAGACUCGAAAAUCGAAUUGUCAUCCGAAAAAAGACCGUCGUUAUUUGACCACAGCUCCAACUCACAAACCACCCUCUUUUCCCAUACUUCCAAGGUAUCAGCAACAGCUCCUGAAGAGAGCGCAAGCGAUAGCGAGGACAUAUCCGACAUAUCCGAAGAAGAGGACGAUUUCUACGACUCCGAUAGUGAUACUGGAGCUCUCUCGGCUCCGUUCGAGAACACAGCCCGAGAACGCUCAGACAGCUAUUUUCCUAGCAAAUCCUCAAAAUCUCCAUCGCUCGUGCGUGGUUUCCAGCCUGCCGAGUCCGAAGCGGAAUCUUCCGUCAACAAGCUAGCCAAAUCGGUCGCUUCCUCCCACAAAUCAUCUGCAAAUCAACUGCCCCUGCGUUCCAACAUCUUUUUCAUUGCAAACUCCCCAUCACCACCAGAAUCCUCUGAAAAAUCCACCCGAGGUCACCUAUCCAGUCUUUUCAGAAGGCUGAAAAAACCAGAAAAUGCCUCCUGUCUGUCGCGUCCUGACGACGACAGCGAAUGGGUAUCGGUUUCAUCUGAGGACGAACCGCCCGCCGAGCAACAUCACUCUCUCAACUUUCAUAAACGUGAUUUGAGCCACUCCCACACGGGUUCGCUCACCGACGUCAUGACCCCACAUCGCUCCAAUGACACCAUUCCUCCUCCACUGUUGGGCAAGCCACGAUCACUUCUCUCAGGAUUGUUCUUGAGUGAAUUGGCCGCAGCACCAGACCGCAGAACUGCCAACCCCAAGCCAAAACUAAAGCGCUCCUCCACCACGGGAAUCAUUACCAUCGAAGGUAGCGGUCGCGAUUCAUCUAAUACGACUCGACCAUCGAUCAUGUUUUCCAAAAAAUACAAUAGUGUUUUGAACAUUUCAAGAAACUAUCCCCAUUUUCACAAUGUCAACGUCAAGAAUAACAUACUCGACGAUUACUCUAGUGAUAAUGAUGAAGACGACAGCGUGCUUGGUAAGCAGAAACUGAUUGUUGGCAUCUCUGACUUCAAUGUAACCCGGUCGUCGAAUAGUAUCAACAGCAACGAGCGUAAAGAUGGCCUAGCAACAAGUCCUCAUGACGCCCUCUCGUCAAGUCUCACAAAAUACUCAGGAUCUGUACAUGAGCAUUCGCUCAGAAACCUCCUUUCCAAGAGCUCGUUGAGUUUGUCCGGACUUUUCAGCUCCAGAGCCAAAGCACGCAUUCAUGCCAGUUUGGAACAGCUAAAGACCACACCUGUCUACCAAACAGAGGAAAGUUAUGAUCCUCAACCUGUACUGAGUUCACUCAAAUCACCAACGUCCAUCAAAAACUCUGACCAUUCUCCCGCAACGGCUUCGUCCACAAAAUCGUCUCCAAUCACUUUGGACUCGAAUUCGGGAGCAAGCCCUCGAGCAGCUGGAACAAAGAUGUCUCCCAAGCUGACCCGAAGAUCGAUGUUGUCAACGGAAUUGAGCAAAUCACUCAAGGACUCUAUCAUCAUCGAUUAUCGGUUGGGGAAAGUUCCUCUUCCUCCUAAAGUGGUUCGGAGUGAAAAGGUAGAGGUGAAGGACGAAUACAUAGAGAAUGACUAUCAUUCGAAAGGUUGGUAG